CCUACAAAUAUGGAGGAGGAAGAGAGGAAAUAUCAUGAGAAUUUCAUGCGCGAAGCCAUCAAAAUGGCGGAGUUGGCUCUGUCCAGCGACGAGACCCCCGUUGGCUGCGUCUUCGUGAAAGACGGAGCAAUAAUAGGGCGAGGAAUGAACGAGACGAACAAAACCCUAAAUGGCACUCGUCAUGCUGAAUUCGUGGCACUGAUCCAAAUCCUCUCAAAGCACCCUAUCAGUAUUCUCCAAUCCACAGAUCUUUACGUCACAGUCGAACCCUGUGUCAUGUGCGCUUCAGCAUUACGCCAGUACGGUAUUAGAGCUGUGUAUUUUGGAUGCUGGAAUGAUCGGUUUGGCGGUACUGGAGGUGUGUUGAAUAUUCAUGAAGAUCCGUCUGUUGAUAAACCGUAUCCCGUGCAUGGGGGUAUCUUUAGAGAGGAGGCCAUCAAUCUCUUGAGGAGAUUCUAUGUGCAGGAGAACACGAAAGCACCAGAGCCGCAUAAUAAGAAGACUCGGGAGCUGAAGUUACUUGAGUCGGGAGUAUAGAUUUCUGAGUUGCCUCCAAUAGCGUCAACUGAAAAACAUUUGAAAGGUCAGCUCGUACGGGUCAAGUAUGCAUGCAGUACGUGGACAGAAGUCUGUGCACACCUGUUUGCCGCUCUCUGAGGUGCUGGGGUGCCUUGCUAAAAUUCCG